AGACGCCAUUUUGUCAGCCAUUUCCUACGCUGAUCCAUUGCCAGCGUCUCUGCACAGCUCAGUCCGGCCUCAGCAGCUUUCACCUACCCACCCGGGCUCGGUAGACUGUAGCGGACCGCUGACUCCACUGGGUGGAUGAUAAACUAGCCCGGUCAGUCGCUCGGCACCCAGAGGGACCCUGUCUGCAAGGCGCCUGGCCCACGGGACGGAGAAAACGGCGCAAGUCCCCGGCAGACAUGGCUUUGAAGAUUGUCAAAGGGAGCAUCGAUCGGAUGUUCGAUAAAAACCUCCAGGAUUUAGUACGUGGCAUUAGGAACCAUAAGGAGGAUGAGGCCAAAUACAUCUCCACGUGCAUCGAUGAGAUCAAACAGGAGCUCAAGCAAGACAACAUUGCUGUCAAGGCCAAUGCUGUGUGCAAGCUCACCUAUCUUCAGAUGCUCGGCUACGAUGUCAGCUGGGCUGCUUUCAACAUCGUUGAAGUCAUGAGUUCCUCAAAGUUCACAUACAAGAGGAUUGGUUACUUGGCAGCCUCGCAGUGCUUUCAUGAGAGCACAGAUGUCAUCAUGCUAACAACCAAUCAGAUCCGAAAGGAUCUCAGUAGUCCCAACCAGUACGACACAGGUGUUGCCCUAACAGGCCUGUCUUGUUUUGUUACCCCUGAUCUGGCUCGUGAUCUUGCUAACGACAUCAUGACGCUGAUGUCCCACACAAAGCCCUACAUCAGGAAGAAAGCUGUGCUGAUCAUGUAUAAGGUGUUUCUUAAGUACCCAGAAUCUCUACGCCCAGCUUUUCCAAGACUCAAGGAGAAACUGGAGGACCCAGAUCCAGGGGUCCAGUCAGCAGCGGUUAAUGUUAUUUGUGAGCUGGCAAGAAGAAAUCCCAAGAACUACUUGUCUCUUGCCCCGCUUUUCUUCAAGCUUAUGACCUCUUCUACCAAUAACUGGGUUCUUAUUAAGAUCAUCAAACUGUUUGGUGCACUUACACCUCUGGAGCCAAGGUUGGGUAAGAAGCUAAUCGAACCACUGACAAACCUAAUCCACAGUACCUCUGCCAUGUCUCUGCUGUAUGAAUGUGUCAACACUGUAAUAGCAGUGUUGAUUUCUUUGUCCUCUGGGAUGCCGAACCACAGCGCUAGUAUCCAGCUCUGUGUGCAGAAGCUGCGAAUCCUGAUAGAAGACUCGGACCAGAACUUGAAAUAUUUGGGCUUGCUCGCCAUGUCAAAGAUUCUGAAGACCCACCCCAAGUCGGUGCAGUCUCAUAAGGACCUCAUCCUCCAGUGUCUGGAUGACAAAGAUGAAUCCAUUCGUCUCAGAGCUUUGGACCUGCUCUACGGCAUGGUUUCUAAGAAGAACCUGAUGGAGAUUGUGAAGAAGCUGAUGCUGCAUGUGGACAAAGCUGAGGGAACCACUUACAGGGAUGAGCUGCUCACCAAGAUCAUCGACAUUUGCAGCCAGAGCAACUACCAGUACAUCACAAACUUCGAAUGGUAUAUCAGUAUCCUGGUGGAGCUGACCCGGUUAGAAGGCACACGGCACGGCCACCUCAUUGCCUCUCAGAUGCUAGAUGUUGCCAUUCGGGUCAAAGCCAUCAGAGUGUUUGCCGUUGCUCAGAUGGCCACUUUGCUAGACAACGCCCACCUGUUGACGGGUAACACGCAGAGGAAUGGCAUCUGUGAAGUGCUGUAUGCUGCCGCCUGGAUUUGCGGCGAGUUCUCGGAACACCUAGAGAACCCGAUGCAGACGUUGGAGGCCAUGCUGCGGCCUAAGGUGGCCACGCUGCCUGGCCACAUCCAGGCUGUGUAUGUUCAGAACGCAGCCAAGCUGUUUGCCACUGUGCUGAAAGGCCAGGAGGGGAACACAGACGGCACUGCUGCACAGGAAGCCAGCCAGCUGAUGAUAGACAGGCUGCCACUGUUUGUGCAGAGUGCAAACCUCGAAGUCCAGGAGAGGGCGUCCUGCAUUCUGCAGCUGGUUAAAUACAUCCAGAAACUCCAACAGAAGGAUGUGGAAGUGGCAGAGGAAGUCAGCGCUCUGUUUGCUGGAGAGCUCAACCCUGUAGCCCCGAAAGCACAGAAGAAAGUACCUGUUCCUGAUGGCCUGGACCUGGAUGCCUGGAUCAACGAGCCGCCGUCCGAAAGCGAGUCUGAGGACGAACAGCCGAAGGCGAUUUUUGCAAAGGAGGAGCCGAAACACUCCCGACCCCGUCACACAGAGGUGGAUGAGAAGGAGCUGGCAAGGAGGAGGGAAGCCAGAAAGCAGGAACAAGCCAACAAUCCAUUCUACAUCAAGGCUUCCCCAUCCUCUCAAAAGGUGUAUCAGGAUGCUCCUGGAGUGGAGCACAUCCCAGUUGUGCAAAUUGACCUCAACGUGCCUCUCAAAGUCCCAGGUCUGCCUAUGUCUGACCAGUACGUGAAACUGGAGGAAGAGCGGCGUCAGAAGGAGAGAGCAGAGAAGAAGAAGAAAGAAAAGAAGAAGAGGAAAGAGAAGCGCAGCGGACGAGGGAAGAAACAUGAUUCGGGUCCAGAGAGUGAAGAGGACAUCACUCCAGCCCACAUGGUGGACAUUGUUACAGAGGAGAUGCCAGAGAAUGCCUUACCCAGUGAUGAUGAUGAGAGAGACCCCACUGACCCCCACAAAGCCCUGGACAUCGACCUGGAUAAUUUGAUGGAGUCGACCGGGCGCAGGCCGCUUGCAGACAACGAGAAGCUGCCUGUCAGGUCACACCGUGCGGCUGAAGCUCAGAAAAGCCCAACGGAUGGAGAAAACGAAAACAUAUUGCAGGAACCCAAGAAGAAGAUCAGUAAAGAAAAGAGAGUGAAGAAGAAGGAUAAAGACAGAGAACGGAAGAAGAGCAAAGAAGAGAAAAAGAAGAAAAAACACAAAGAGGAAGACAAGGAGGAGAAUCUUCUGGGUGACCAUGACGAUGUACCUGUCCUCCAAUCAGAAGAAACCAGUCAAGUGGCAGCACCCCCUACUUCCACUUCUACCACUGCAGAGGUAUCGGAUCUGGAUUUCUGGCUAUCAAACGCUCCAAUGCCCUCUAACACCCAGGAAGCAGCAACAGUAGCAGCAGCAGAAGCAGCCCCAGAGCCCUCCAUCACAGCGCCCGACUCCGAGCCAGAGGAACCCAAAGACACAGAAAUGGAGGAGACGAAAUCAUCAAAACACAAGAAAAAGAAGCAGAAAAAGGAAAAGGAAGAGAAGGAGAAGAAAAAGAAGAAAAAGCAUCACCACCAUCGCCACCACAGUGACGGAGGAGGGGAGCAGUCUGUCCAGAACGGCACCGUUGAGGAGGAAGAGCCCCUCCCGCCAAUGUCUAAUUACUGCCUACUGGCUGAGAACUCCUACAUCAAAAUGAUGAAGGAAGAUGCUGAAGAGGUGUAUGACAUCCAGGGAAACCUGCAGGAUGGUAGCCAGGUGGUUGUGUCUGUUAUAUUUGAAAACAAGUGCAACAGCUUCCUUAAAUCCAUGGAGUUCAACGUCCUGGACUCUCUGAACUCCAAGCUGCAGAGGCCAGAAGGCUCAGGUCCACAUGAUGGCGUUGUUGUCCCCUUUCAGCUUCCUCCAGGAGUUUCUAAUGAGGCACGGUUUGUUUUCACUGUGCAAAGCAUCGUAAUGCCACAGAAACUGAAGGGAACUCUAACUUUCAUUGUUAAGAAUGAAGAUGACUCUACUCAUGAGAAACUGGACUUUAAACUGCACUUUACCUGCACUUCCUACCUGAUCACUACUCCUUGUUACAGUGACGCUUUUGCCAAACUGUUGGAGUCGGGAGACCUGAAGAGCAGCUCGAUCCGGCUGGAGGGGGUUAACAUGCCCUUUCAUCAUCUACUGGCAAGGAUUUGCUUUCACCACCACUUUUCAGUUGUGGAGAGGAUCGACUCCUGUGCCUCCAUGUACAGCAGGUCCAUCCAGGGUCACCACGUCUGUCUGCUGGUCAAAACUGCCGGUCAGACUGUGUCCAUCGAUGCAAAAUGUGACGAGCCGACUCUUCUUGGGAAUGUUCUGGAUGAGAUCAAGCAGACCUUCUCUCAGUGCUGAUUGUUUCUGACGGCCCCAGGGUGCCCCGACCCCUUCAUGCCACCCACUCCAUCAUUAAAGCGACACAAUCACAUUAUGAAACACUGCGGCUGGGACCUCCAGCUUCACCCUAUUUAUUAGUUGUCCAGGUUUCAAGAUUACCGUUUCCUUGCCUCGGCUCCGGGGCCCUCACUUUAAUUUUUCCUCUGCACUCUCAUGCUUUCUGUUGUUUUGCAGACUUUUUUCAUGCUUUGUCUUCUCUGUGGUGCACUUUGACUUGUACCUUGGUUUUCCAGCUUCUCCUUGCUUUGGAUUGCCUCACAUCCUCUGCUGUCCCCGGCCGGCCUUACCCUCCGCCCUCCCACUCUGCUGGCAGUUCACUCUGACAGUCAUGUGACGUAACAACUGGAUGUUUGCUGUUGAUGGUUGAAAUGUAUUUUCACUGUUUGAGGUUUUAUGUUUUCGUCUGUAGUUGUUUUUUGUUUUGAUGUAUGAGUUUCGUCUUUCCUCCUUUGAAGCCUGUCUGCGCCUUUCUCAACACACCGUUUUCCGCUUACUGAACAUCAGUGCAGCUCUGCUCAUUUGGCCUGGGACGCCAAUGGGACCGACUCCUUCUCCACCAAGGUCCCUAGCUAGAGGAAAUGUAGUAUCCUAGCUUGGUUCCUCAGCUGUUGUGUAAAGAUGAAACAUUUGGGCAGCUGCAUUGAUGAUGGAGCAGAGAUGAAACCAAAGCUAGAUACACUAAAAGGCGGGGGUUUCGGGGUUGAAUAAAAGCUUUUUUCCCCUCAUUUUUUUCUUGGCAGUGCUCCGAACAGAUGUGGGAUUUUAACAAGUACGACUUAAUGGUUUAGUUUUUUUUUUUAUUAUUUUGUUCUGUGCCUUUUCUCCUACAUUCUACUCAAGCUCUUUAGGACAAUUUGCAUAUCAUUCCUUCCAUAAAUAAAACUGAGUAAAUAGUUUAUACAUAACUAUAUAUCUAUAUAUAUAUAUAUAUAUAUAUAUAUAUAUAUAUAUAUAUAUAUAUAUAGUACAGCUGUCCAACAUGAAGGAGUAUUAUUUGCUAGCAGAUGCUGUUUAGGCCUCAUGUACUCCAGUAUUACUGUAACUCCAGAGAGGAAGUAUUUCCUCUUGUACCACUUGAAGGUUUGCAUCACGGUUGAUCCUCCUGUCAGUCGGUACCCAGGUGACAUUCCUGAUGUUUCCCUGCCCUUUGGAAAAUCACCAUGCCUCUUCUCAUGCAUUAUCGUUCUUCAGAAGCAUGAUUGUUUAGUUUUUUUUUAAUCUUUGAAGAGAUUUGUCACCUUAGAAAUCUCCCUUUAGUUUGAUUCUGUUUAGAAAGAUGAAAUUAUGUUCACAUUUACUGUUACGGCCCCUCCUCUGCAUCCGUUUGCAGUUGUAGAUACUCUUGAGUGUUUUUGUGACCUACUGGUCAGGUCAGCCAUUCCAUGAUAUUCAGUCUGAAUACAGAGGUGAUCCUUUUUUCAUGAAUGUCAAAAGAAAAUCAUGUAUUGGUCCUGAAAACAACCUGUUAUUCCAAAAAAAAACAAUUAUCUCAUUCUUCA